CGCCGUCGCCGUCCUCCGCCGCUGUACCGCGCGGGGCGGAGAUCCGUCCGGGCCACGGACCCGGUUUCUUCUCGCCGGAACAGCCUUUGCAUAAAACAACAUGGAAUGGUGAUCUUAAUUAGCGUGUCUUUCUUCCGAGCUUGAUACUGCUGCUUUUUGGCUUGGAAGUUGGAACAUAGUAAACCAUGACUUCGGCUGAUGAUGGUGUUUCAGCAAUUUAUUGUGCAGGCGAUCAUAGAGCUGCUGAGAAACAGCAGAAGCAAGCCGCUCAGAACGACCAGCAAGAGGCCCCAGCUACAAGUGUAGAUAGUCAGACGACGGUGGGAACACCUACGACAGAUUAUGUGACACCCUAUCCCCACCCGGAAGCUUGCCAUGCAAUGGGUCAAAUGGCUUACGCAAAUAUCGAUCCAUACUACGGAAGCCUUUAUGCUGCUUACGGUGGACAACCUAUGAUGCAUGCACCAUUGGUUGGAAUGCAUCCAGCCGGGUUACCGUUGCCUACUGAUACAAUUGAAGAGCCUGUUUAUGUGAACGCAAAGCAAUAUAAUGCCAUAUUAAGGCGGCGUCAGUCUCGGGCUAAAGCAGAGUCAGAAAGGAAGCUUAUCAAGGGCCGUAAGCCAUAUCUCCACGAGUCACGACAUCAACAUGCCCUGAAAAGGGCCAGGGGAGCUGGAGGCCGGUUUCUCAACGCAAAGUCGGAUGAUAAUGAAGAGCAUUCUGAUACCAGUUCCAAAGAUAAACAGAACGGAGUCAUCCCCCACAACAGUGGCCAACCGUCUUCCUCCCAGUCUCCCAACGGUGCAACUUCAGCUAAUCAGACGGGCAAGCGUGAAUGAGAUGUUAGAAAUCCGCCAGGCGCAAGGCAUGCCAACAGUUUUGUACAGUAUAUGCUAGUGAGCAAGAAAGAAUUGCGUCGGCGGUGGAAGGUGUAGGAUAUAUAUUGGCGCUAUAGUGAUAGACGUGUCUGACAGAUUUUGCAGCAUUGGUGGAUUGUUUCUACAUUUCUGUACAAUGAGUAGUUUUUGUGUUUUCGUUCUGGGGAUUAGCCGUGUUUCUUUAGAAAGCUUUGUAGCCUCAAAGAAGUAUAAUUAGUACAUUGUUUCUUUUGGA